AUGGACCCAAUCUCCCCAACUUAUUCCAGAACGGCGAUACUCGAGGCAGAAGACGAGGAGGAGGAAAAUGGUGAAUUUGACGGAGUGGAAGAAGAUCAAGUCAUAGAAGGUGAUUUCACCUUUCGAGCCGUCUUUACCGGGCUUUUAGUCGGCGUGCUGAUAUGCGCUACCAACUUGUACCUAGGAUUACAAUCAGGAUGGGUAUCUAUGAUGGCACUUCAAUCAGCAUUAGUCGGUUUUGCUCUACUCAAAGUCAUUCCCGAUGCCCUGCCACGGUUAUUUCCUCGUAUCAGGACGUUCACACCGCAAGAAAACGUCAUCUUACAAACGGUGGCAGUGGCUACGGGCACUAUGCCUCUUGCCGCUGGGUUGGUGGGGAUUAUACCAGCUUUGGAGAUGAUGACUGUGGAGCAGGAUGGUAGAGGACCGAUCUCAUUGACUUAUGUUAACCUAGUGUUGUGGUGUUUAGCCGUUGCUUUUUUCGGGGUUUUCUUAGCUGCACCAUUACGAAGACAAGUCAUCAUCAAGGAGAAAUUGGUUUUUCCCUCUGGCACUGCCACGGCACAACUCAUCGCUUUGUUGCAUAAAGCACCACCACCUUCCCGAGGUUUCGCAACUCCCACAGUUGCGUACCGUGCGCUAUCACGCUCUUCUCGGUCACUCUCUCGCGAGCGGGGUAUAAAUGGAGAACAAGCAGCUAACAACCAUAAAGAAAAAGAACAAGACAUAAUGGGCGGUUCUGGAUGGUGGGUUUUAGGGAUCAGUUUUGCUGCUAGUGGAGGAUUGACGCUUUUGAGCUUUAUGUUUCCCAUUAUCUUCUCUAUCCCUAUCUUUGACCUUCUCGGUUUACCAUUCGGUACCUAUCCCGCCUCUGAAUGGAUGUGGUAUUUUACUCCCUCGCUCUCAUACGUUGGUCAAGGUAUCAUCAUGGGUUUCCCUGUGACUUUAUCAAUGAACGCUGGUAUGUUAGUAGGAUGGGCUAUUCUCUCUCCUCUAUCAAAACAUAUGGGUUGGGCACCGGGAAAAGUAUCAUCCACCAAUGACGGUGCAAGAGGAUGGAUCUUAUGGAUAGCAUUAGCUAUAAUGAUUGCCGAAUCUAUAAUCUCCCUAUUACCAAUCACCAUAUCAUACAUUUCCACUUCUAUAAGACAUUACAAACAACGUCAAACCGGUCCGAAAGUAUUUCAAUCCUCUUCCCCUGGGAACUCUAUGGAUGGGGAUUAUUUCGAACCGUUAUCAGACGAAGAUGACGAUCCGGAGAUCGAACCACCAGAGAGGUUGGUACCGUUUUCUUGGAUCAAAUGGGGUUUAGGAGGUAGUGGGUUAUUGGGAGUGGGUUUGGUUUGGUAUGUUUUUGGUAGUGAUGGGAUACGACCGUGGGCGACGGCGAUUGGGUUGGUUUUGGCUAGUGUACUUAGUUUGAUCGGUGUUCGUGCGUUGGGAGAAACGGAUUUGAACCCUGUAUCGGGUAUUGGAAAAAUAUCACAAUUACUAUUCGCGGUUCUACAACCAAACAACGUAGUGGCCAAUAUCAUUGCUGGGGGUGUGGCCGAAGCUGGUGCUCAGCAAGCUGGUGACUUGAUGCAAGAUCUCAAAACUGGUCAUCUACUCCAUGCUUCUCCUCGAAGUCAAUUCUACGGUCAAUUGAUCGGCAGUUUAGCUAGUGUAUUCGUAUCUUCCGCAGGAUAUAAAUUUUAUACUUCAGUUUAUCAAAUCCCCGGACCACAAUUUACCGUACCAUCCGCUGGUGUAUGGCUUAAUCUAGCUAGACUUUUAAACAAAGGACAUCUUCCAUCACACGUAAUACCAUUCAUGCUCAUAUUCUCAAUGUUUUUCACUUUUACUUCAUCUAUCAAAUCUCUACGUCCUUAUCUUUCUUCCUAUCCUCUCAUCUUAAACCUCAUACCGUAUCUCCCAUCCGGUAUAGCUUUCGCAGUUGGGUUUUUAAAUUCACCUUCUUUCUCACUCGCUAGAUUAAUAGGAGGUUAUGUGUCUUAUCGUACUUCUCGAAAUAAUGGAGGAGAAACACCUUUGUUAGCUAUUGUAGCUGCUUCCGGUUUUGUUUUAGGGGAAGGGGUGGUAAGUGUUGUUAUGUUAUGUAUGGCCAGUGCGGGAUUAGGACCUGUCAGUUGUUUUGGAUGUGGGUUAGGUGAUGGAGGUUAUUGUUCAGGUGGAUGUUCUUGA